AUGUUCUCCCACAAUUACCACUCAUCCCAUCACCGCAUCAAGAUACAAAGCGCGGCACGAUCAAUUAUGAGGGCUACUUUGGCCGUACCAUUCAAGCCAUGCGUUCUUUCAUCUGCUUCGUUCUUGCUCUUAUGCUUGCUGGUCAAGCCCUUGCUCAGCUAUCCAUUGACAUUGGUGGCUCAUUCGGAAACAUAACCGCUGACCAGUUCCUGACCAACAUCGCCAAUGCGCCCUUCACUGAUUGCGAGCCAUCCUGUAAUAACGCUACAAGCAUGAUUGGCAACUGUGCGGACAAUAAUGUUUGUCUUUGCGGCUAUGGGACAGUUUCAGCCAUCCAGGGCUGCCAGCAGUGUCUCUUUGAUGUCGAGAUUACCAACUUCAUCGAAAGUCCCGACGCUCGUGUUGGCACCCCUGCCCUCACAGAAACAGCGUACGGAGCGGCAUGCUCUACAGUAAACCAGACGAUCCCUACGUCCUACUUGACCGUCGCUCUCCCAUCAAACUGGGAUGGCCCUGUCGGCGUCCACCUCAACAUAGCUGGCACUGCCAUCGCCGUCGGCGUCGGUGCCAUGCUGGGUGGCUCUGCCCUCUUUAUUCUAGUCGACAUGGUGAUCGAAUUGGAACAACGAACUUGGAUUGCAAUAGCCGUCUCAAAGCUGGCUCCUGCACGCUGCACGGCAGUGCGCCAGACGCUCAUCGCGGCUCGUUCGAGACCAAAAUCCACUCGUUCCCAACUAUUGCUUUCGCCAUGUCUACCUGGUAAAACCAAGAAGCUAAACACCCCUUAUCGUCGGCAGGCGUCCACGUUCAUAGGAAUACGCACUUACUUCACCCAGCUCGCUCGUAACAAGCCACCCGGUACAGCAUCCCCGCUCCAUUCUUCUUCCCGUUUCUACUCCACGCCUGCUACUUCAACUACGGUUCCUCUAUCGCGAGACCCUUCGCUCGAGCCAUCGUACACACCACCAAGGUGGGAUUGGAGGCAGAGGGCGACAUCAAGAAUAACGAAGAAGCUCCCUGAUCCUCCAGCUGGUGUCCCUCGGAAUCACAUAAAGCGCGUUCCCCCACCCCUACACAACGUCCAGCCAUACCAGCCUUACUUCACGGAAAUCCAGGCCUAUGCCUCAAGGUUCUGCCCACUUCUUGAUGCUGAACAAUAUGAAGCUGAAGCCGUCCUGAGAGAACGACUCGCAAGUUGGUCGGUGGCGAAACUUGCUCAGGAGGGGUACUGUCUCACAGACUUAUCGGCGUACUGGCUCGAGAAGCUCUUCUUUGGCAAGCCCGUCCUGUCGUUUCAUAAAGGUCCAGGGAUUGAUCUCCCAGAGCAUCGUUUUGAAAAGGGAACUCAGGUUCUCUUGUCAAAGUAUGAUCCACUCAAGGAAGAACCGCGACGGGGACGAGUCGUCGACUCCACCAUGACCCAACUUCGAGUAUCGUUCGAGGACAAAUUUGAAGUGACCAACGAUGAACUCUGGAGGCUUGACGUCGGUCAGUCCAGCAUUGUGUUCGAUCGCAUGCGCACAGCAAUCUCGCAUUUCCACCGCGACCCCUCCGUCCAAGUUGCCGAGUCCUCCCAGAUGCCCGACCGCGAGUUCAUCCUCCAAGGCACGUGCCUUCGCGACAUCCUCCUCCGGACAUUCUCCCCAGAAGAGGCAUCACCUCACGACCCAUUGCAAUCCCCCGACGACACCAACUAUGUGGAUCACGAUACCCUCGAGCACGACAGCCGUGAGACGCAAGAUCAUGGUGGUGUUUGGCGCGACGACAUGCGUAUAAUGAGCUGGGCGAAACGAUACUCCAAGAAGAACCCCAUCGUUAUGCCUGGUGAUCCUGUUUUUGAUGGCCUCAAUGCAACGCAGAUUCGCGCUAUCGCGAUGAUGGUAGGAGAGAAAAUUAGCCUCGUACAGGGCCCCCCUGGCACCGGAAAGACCAAGACCAUCAUUGAAGCGGUCAAGCUGCUCAAGGUUGAGUUUGAGGUACCUCAACCGAUACUGGUAGCAACAUAUACCAACGUUGCUGUCGACAACCUCGUCGAAGGACUCCUUAAAGCUGGCCUCAAGCCCUUGCGCGUCGGAUUCGGCGGCAAAGUGAAUGCUUCGUUACAUGAUUGCACGCUGGAUGCGAAGAUGGAGAAACAUCGACACAAACCCGUAGUCGACAAAUUGCUCGCGGAACAAGAACGCAUCAACCAGCAUAUUGCAGAGCUGAACAAGCGGUUACGUGAGCGGCAGCGUGAUCCGAAAAUCCGAGACAAUGCCAGAAACCAGGCGAUCAUUGAGAACCUGCGAAACGCGCUGGUUGUGAGCGAGAGGCGACUAGGCAUAGUCAGGGGCAAGUUGCACGUACUUCACAAUGAUAUGCUUCGAGACAUCACUGCUCAAGCCGACGUCAUAUGCACCACUUGUAUCUCGUCCGUCAACUCGGCGCUGAGCGUGAUCGACUUCCCCGUUGUGUUCCUGGAUGAGGCGUCAAUGUCAACGGAGCCGGCGUCGUUAAUACCACUGAUGCGUGGAUCUCAGCACGUCGCUCUCAUCGGUGACCACAAGCAACUUCCCCCGGUGAUCGUGAGUUACGAGGCUGACUUGAAGGGUCUGGGAAUCAGUCUAUUCGAAAGGCUGACAGAAGAAGGAGUCGUCCCUUCUAUCAUGCUUGAUGUACAGUAUCGAAUGCACCCCGCCCUAUCCUACUUCCCUUCUCUUGAGUUCUACAACCUCUCUCUUCAAGACGGAACAGUCGACUCCGGAGGCAAUGUCUCGCCUUUGCUUCUGCCUCCACUUUCUGCCCACUUGCCCGUUGAUGAAUCCACGGGAAACCGGCCUUCAAUUGUCUUUAUGGACCACGCAGGCUCAGAGACGCUAAAGGAUCGUAGCCGAGUCAAUUAUGACGAGGCAAACAUCGUCUGCAGCAUCAUCGAAGACCUGCUGCUCCGCAACGAACACAUGCGCGGCGACGACAUUGGCAUCAUCGCUCCUUACGCCGCCCAGAUUUCGCUGCUGACACGCCUCUUAAACACCGACGCCAAGUAUGCACGACGGUUUGCGGCGACCCUCGGCGACCGCCGCGUUCGUGAACUCUCUAAAGUCGAGGUGAGGACCGUCGACGGGUUCGAGGGUCGACAGAAGGACGUCAUCAUCUUCUCGACGGUGCGCAAUAACCCCGCAGGACACGUCGGCUUCCUGGCCGACAGGCGACGGCUCAACGUCGGCCUGACACGCGCAAAGCGGGGUCUCUUCGUUGUCGGCAGCAUCAGCACGCUAAAACAGAGCAAAUCGUUUACGCGCGGUAUGGCCGCCAACCCUGGCGGUCAGACGAGCAAGGGCGUCGAAUCCUGGAGGAGAUAUGCGGCGUACCUCGUCGGUCAGCAGAGAGUUUUACAUCUCACCGGAACAAACUUGCACAGAGUUCUGUACGGAAGCGCGGGGAGGAGGGAGGUGUACUAAACGCUUCUUCCCAGAACACAGCCUUUUGGCCACGCCGGCGGCUUUGCUUCAAUACUUGGCUCACAGUCAUUUCUGAUCUCAACGUUCUC